GGAUUUCAGAACUAGCUCAAAAUGCUUCCUCUGCUUUUGAUAGUAACCCUUCGGAUUGGAGUGCAGGCAAUAAAAGAUGGUGAAAUGGAGUUGCUUUUGGUGCAAGCUAUGUGGCGGCAUGGAGACCGAUCUCCUACAAGAACAUACAAGAACGACCCAAUUCGAGAGGCAAAUUGGACAUUUGGCGGUGGCGGAUGGGGACAGCUGACACCAAUAGGAAUGCGACAGAUGUACAAUCUCGGCAAAUCGAUAAGACAAAAAUAUAUUGACAGCGGAUUUCUAUCUAAGCAAUAUUCCUCGAAAGAAAUUUACAUACGCUCAACAGACGUUAACAGAACCAUUAUAUCGGCAAUGUGUAAUACGAUGGGAAUGUACGGUGACACAGGCAAUGCUGGCACCGACUAUCCAAGCGAUUCGAACUGGCUCGCUGGAUAUACCCCUAUACCUGUGCAUACAACGUUUAAUGACGCAGGAAUCCAUGGACGUUGCAAACGUCGCAUGCAAUUAUGGGAGUUGGCAAAAGCCUCUCGGGAAUUGCAGGAUUACAAAAAUAGUGAAGAUGUGUCAAACUUACUCGAAUUCCUGAAGGAAAAAUCAGGCGAAACUAUCGGUCUCGAUAAUGUUCAUGAUGUCCGUGAUCCUCUUUAUAUUGAGCAAAUUCAUUUCAAAGAAGCGCUUAAAGACGUCGCUCCUUGGUUUUCGGAUGCCGUUUUUGACAACAUUACAAAACUAUACGAUCAAACGAUACGAUACCGAAGCGGACUUUUCGACAGUAAGAUAGUGGUAAACGGUCUCGACAUCGGACAUGAAUUAAUGCGGAUACGAGGAGGAGCGUUUAUCAAUGAACUUGUCACACGUAUGAAUCACAAAUUUGAUUGUCGCGAUAGUAAUGAGGCAGGAUGCAAAUGGAUAAACGGGCUUAAGUACUAUGCUUAUUCGGUGCAUGACGCUACAGUUUUCCAACUCUUCGCCAUAAUGGGGAUUGAAAGGAAAGUAAUCAUCCCAGGUGUCUUCCCAGAGUACUCUGCGGCAGCAUUUAUCGAGCUAUGGUACAACAAAACAGACAAUCAGCCGUAUUUCAAAAUCCUUUAUCGAGCGAACGAAACUUCGUCAAUCUAUCCAGUCACUGAGAAAAUAAAUGAAUGUGUUGGUAAAGAGUACUGUAGCCUGCAAGUCUUUAGAGAUUUCGCUGAGAAAGUCAAGCUUCACAAGUCAGUAUCUGAGCUUUGUGAUGAGGAUCCGAUAGGUGAAGCUGGUCCAAUUAGUAAAAGCUCGUUUGCGAAGUCGAGCUUUCAAGUUUCAUUGAGCUCCACCGCAGUGCUGUUGACAUGGAUGAUGUUAUAACGCGUAGUAAUUUCAACGAUUUUCACUUAAUAUUUCUCAACCUCACACACACACUUAUCCAUUAUUAUAUU